UCCUGCUUCUGUCGCGCCGUUUUUCUCGGUUGUUGGAACGGAGAGCCAAAGGCAACGAAGCGGCCCCUGGUGAAGCGAUUCCUGAGUGGGGUUCGCAACAGCCCCUCCCGAAGGUGUUGGGGAAGGCACAACCCUCGGAACCCAAGGCGGUGUACAUAAUCCUCCUCCUCUCCAUUUUUAUUGAGCAGUCCAAAGUCCUCCCCCCACAAUGCUACCUGUCAAGGGGCACAAUAGCAACAACCCCUGUUGGACCCCAGCAAAAAAGGAUCCCAAGCUGCCUGAUCCUAAGGACAUCUCCAACCCAUCCCUUUUGAAAGCCUUGGAUGCAGUUGUAGCAGCUGGUAGAUGUGGCUUGCUUGGUCCAGAAGGUAUGGUAGCUGCGGCAGCUAUUCCAGAACAGAAUCUGGACAGCAGCAAUGGAAUGGUUUCUCAGCAACUCCAGAAUAUAAUUCCACGUGUGAUGAAAAAAAAGCCACGGAUUGAGAAGCCCAGAACUGUGAUAACUGUUGUACAGUCGACAAUGGAUACUGAAUGCCUGCAACCUGCUCCAAAGGAAAUCUGGAUAUGUGGCAAUUCUGUGAUCUUGGCAUCAAAGGAAAGAGCCAAAAGUCAUCCAGAUGGAUUGCAGUUAGGCAUCUCCACUUCAAGGGCGUACGUGUAUUGGCAUGGGAUUCAGGCAAUGAUGUGGCGGCAGCUCAUGCCUCUUCUGCAUGAAAUCUAUCAUCUUCGAUCCCCUCCAUCCAUUAUAAUAAUUCAUGUUGGGGAAGAUGAUCUGAUGCCGGAUAACAUUUCACUCAUUAUCUCAAUGAAAAAUGACCUGGCCAUUCUUAAAAGAGCAUUCCCAGGUGCUAUUAUAGUUUGGUCUUCACUGUUGCCAAGACGUUUUUGGAAGAAAGGCCAGAAACCUGAACACAUGGAUGGAAUGCAAAGGCUUGUUAACAAGAAAAUGGUAGACUAUUGUAAUGAAAUUGGUACACACUUUCUGUCGCAUAACUUGAUUACCUCUGAUAAAACAGGCCUGUUCUUGCCUGAUGUCAAUGACCUAUCUGAUGCAGGAACUGAUGUCUUCAUAGCAGACCUGAAGAAGGUCUUAAGGUUCUAUCAGAUGUUUGGGUAGGUGGAAGAAACGUGUUGACAAUAUGUGCUAGUGGUUGUCAGGAAGGAAGGGCCUGCUGUUGCCUGAAUAAGGGUGGAGAUGGAUUCCCUACUCACAGGACAUUUAAAACUGUUGUUUAUGCAUAUAAAUGAUAUAGAUUAAUAGAUGUGUUCCUAUAACUAUUUUCUGUAAUGAUGGGACCUUCUAAUGAUAAAUGAGAGUAACUGAUUCAUCUUACCAUCAGGAAGAUUUCAAAUGCCUGCUCUCAUUGUUACUGAAAUUGUUCUUUUGAUUCCUUGGAGAGGUACUUUGUAUAUAAGAUGCUGUAAUGAAAAGAACUUAUGAACCUGUGAAAUGGACCCUGUACUUCUUGCUGCAUAGUUUGUGUGCUGAGUACUAAAGCAGCACAGAUUCCAUGGUAUUUGACUGUUGAUUAUCAGGAGCUCUAGCAGAAACAUUUGAAACAGGUUUUCACAUGUUAGCAAAUUGUAUGUGAAAGUAUAUGGGGGUGGGGGGAAACGACUGAGUAUGAUUAAAAUAUGUGUCUCUAUAUACAGGCCUUUCCAUGUUGGAUGUCGUCAAAGGCGAUAGCUGUAGGGUUCCCAAUUAUUGUAUAUUUACAUUUAAACUGAUCCUUUGUUGUAAUCAGCAAACUGUUUAUUCCAAAAGGCCAUUGAUGGUUAUGGGCUAUUUGAGAGUGAGUAAUUUGGGGAUUGUAAAUUGCAGUAUUUCUCUGGCAGACUAGCACAAUUGUCUACAAGAGGUCAUUUGGAGCAGUAGCUGGCUAUGAUUCCCAACUGUUGUUUUCUAGUAUGGUGGCACUUAGAAAUUGUGCCUUAUAGCAGCUUAUUGCCUUUUGUACCAGUUUUGCUCUUUUGUCUCACUUUAUUAUUUGUAGUUCUGUUGUAAACCUGUCUGUUUAACUAUUUUAAGGAAAUUGGGUUAUUUAUUGUAAGUGCUUAAUCUCCCUGAACAUUGUAUUUCUGGAUAAUAGCAGAUGGAGAAAAUCUGUCUUAUGAAGGUACUGCCUCUCCUCAUCCAUAAUUAAUACAAAUUACAGGCAUUCCUGUUGGUCCAUUAGAGAAAAUCUAGAGGCAGAAGUAGCACAAUGGGUUUAUUAGGAUUAGACAAGUAUCACAAAGUAGUGAACUAGCUUUCAUGUUUUACAGAACCUUUCCUCAGGCUAAAUAUUAAACAUAAAAAGGGAGGGACGGGGAGAGAAGAAAAGAUUUUGCUGGUAAGAGCAUGGUGGAAGGACACAAUGGAAGCCCUGUCUGUGAUAUAUGGCAGUCUUAACAUGGUGAUUCAUAAAUCUCUUUCCCAGCUGAUUUGGUUACUUUGUGCCAAGUGCAAAUGAUUUCAGGUUUCACCAAAACGUAUUGGAACAACAAAAUCAAUGGCAGUUAUUUGAAUAUGUUUUACAUCCAAGUAACUUCUAGCUUUGAUACUUUCAAGAUCAUUCCUUCUUUGUCCCGAUAUACUUUGGUGAACUGGAAAUCAUUUACACAUGAUAUUAAUAACCCAAUCAGUGCAAAGUGCUGAGUUAACCUUAUCAUAUAAGGCAGAUUGGGCUAUCAUGUCCUUUAGCACCAACAUCUCUCUUCUCUUUCCCUUCUUUUAUUUAAUAUCCUUUCUGAUGGGUAAGAAUAAUAAUCAGCUACUUUUUUAUGCCCUCUUUUCUCCAUCACUAUUUUAUAAGUUAUAAUUUAGUCUAGAGGAGUCAGGAUAAUGUUGUUAAUGUCUAACAACCAAAGAAUUUACACAUCAGUUUGUUAAGAUUUAGCCUUAGCACGAGGAUGAUCCUAUCUAUGCAGAAGUCAGACAUGGGUGGAGAAAUACGUUUCAUACAUAGUUUCAAUUAAGGGUUAAGUCUUAGCAUUGUACAAGCCAUGAGCUUGUAUUUCAGACGAUUGGAGUUUAGCAGACAGAGGCCACCACUCUUCCAGAUGAUUCUUUGGUAGUCAUGGAAUUAUUCUACCCAGAAAGAGAAAUGGCCUUAGAUAUGGCUACAUGGAAUUUUACUAACUAUUUUAAAAACAAGAUUAAUGUAAAUAUGUAAUUGUGUUGUAAUAAAACUAUAACUUUGACUUUGUGUGGUGCCUUCCAAUGAUGUACCUUUUGCAGAAAACUUUGUAUGUUGAGUUGUUGCAACAACAUUAGAGGUAAGUUGCUAGAAAAAUGGCUACCUCUGCGUAUGAAGACACAAAUGUUUCCUCCCACUAGUGCUGUUAGAUGUUGUGGCCACGAUCUUAGGGGAGCAUGGACUACUUAUGAAUAUUUUCUUUUGAAAGAAGUUGAAUAGAAAUGGAAAAAGUUGGAAAUGUUUGCAAAACCAAGGAACUGUUUUUAUAAAAUAUGUAUAUACACACUUGAGUUCCGCAGUUGGUUUGUAAUAUCUUUGUUAAGUUCUUCUGCUCAGGGUGGAAUGAGGCCCUUGCUAAAACUGUAUAGAUUUGGAUGAUUUUUGUAUUUGCAAAAUUGGUAUAUGCUGGAUCACAGGAGGAAGCAAAAGGACAUAUAAAGUAAGACAUCUAAAGAAGAUUCUAACUGCAUACACACUUGGAAGAAUCAGGAUUGCAUACUGCAAUGGACUGUAUAUUAAUUCUGUAGCAUCUUGCAUGUAAAACUUAUGUAGGGUGGAAGGUUGUAUCCUGCAGACCCUGCUACUAUUUUGUUUAUGUAUGUUAAAACAAUUAUCUGUCUUCCUUUGGAACUAAAUUGCUGUUUCUAGUCUAAGUAGCUAUCUGUCACUGUUAAUUCUGUUAAAAUUUUCAGCUUGUUUCUGUUAUACAUUGCCACAGUGUUUAAGCUGCAUUAUAAAAAUACAUUGUUACAUGACGAUUUCAGCUCUGUUCUGGAAAUUGUUCAUUUAUCCACAAGCAAUGGUGAUGUCACUCCUGUAUCAAUAGGAUUCUUCUCUUGAUAAAUGGAGAAAUUAAGUUGCUUUA